AUGGCCCCAGACCCUGAGAAGAAGAUCGACGAGUCGCUGAGCGACGAGCCUUUCGUCCAAGAGACCUCCGAGGUGGAGAAGACCAGACUCUCUGGCUUCUACGCCAACAUCAUGAGCAUGUUCCAUGGUGAAACGAGAGGCAUUGAAAUGAUUCCCGUGCAAGAAAAAACCCAAACCUCUCUUUGGACCUGUGCGUCCAUGUGGCUCUCGGCCAACAUGGUGAUCGCCACUUUCAACAUUGGAUGUUUGUCCUAUGGUGUUUUUGGCCUUGACUUUGGAACCUCUGUUCUGGCCAUUAUUUUCUUCAAUCUCUUGGGUGCCAUUCCAGUGGCCUUCUUCUCUGUCCACGGAGCCAAAUUUGGUCUCAGACAGAUGGUGCUUUCGAGGUACCUUGUCGGAGAUAUUGCCAUGCGGAUUUUCGCCUUCAUCAACGUCGUUGCCUGCGUUGGUUGGGGUGCCGUGAACAUUAUGGCUUCUGCCCAGCUGCUCAACAUCGUCAACAACCAUGCUCUACCAGCGUGGGCCGGGUGUUUGAUCAUCAUCAUCCUGACCAUUAUCGUCACCUUUUUCGGCUACAACGUCAUCCACGCGUACGAGAAAUGGUCCUGGAUCCCUAACGUUGUCGCUUUCAUCGCCAUCAUCGCCAGACUGUCCAUCGACGAUGUCUUCGUGGCGGGCAUUCCUAACGACGACGGAACUUAUACUACCUGGGGCUCCGGCGAAACUUUCGCCGGUAGCGUGCUCUCCUUUGGAGGUACCAUUUUCGGAUUCGCUGCCGGAUGGACCACAUACGCCGCCGACUACACUACCUACAUGAAGCCAAACUCCAACCCAUACAGAAUCUUCUUCUCUGUGCUGGGUGGCCUGUGUCUUCCUCUGAUUUUCACCAUGAUUCUGGGUGCUGCUGCCGUCACCGGUAUCAAGACCAACCAGACCUACGCCGAUUUGUACAGCGAGUACUCGGUUGGUGGACUGGUGUACGCCAUUCUUGUCGAGCACUCGCUUCACAGGUUUGGAGAAUUUUUGUGUGUGCUGCUUGCUCUCUCGACCGUCUGCAACAAUCUGCCAAAUAUGUACUCCAUCGCUCUAGGAGCCCAGGCUUUCUGGUCGCCUUUGGCCAAAGUGCCAAGAGUCGUUUGGACUGUUGUUGGAAACUGUCUUACCCUUGCCAUUUGUAUCCCGGCAUACUACCACUUCGAAUCUGUUGUUGAGAACUUCAUGAACAUCAUUGGAUACUACCUGGCUAUCUACGACGCCAUCUCCCUUUCUGAGCACUUCUUCUACCUGAAGGGCUUCAGCGGCUACAACAUGGAGAUCUACAACAAUAAGAAGCUUCUGAAUCCAGGAUACGCCGGUGCGUUCGCUUUCUGCUGCGGUGCUGCAGGUACUGCCAUCGGCAUGGACCAGACCUGGUACGCCGGUGUCAUUGGAAGAAAAAUCGGAAAGUUCGGUGCAGAGAUCGGUUUCGAGCUUGCCUUCGGUUUCGCCUUCAUUGCCUACAACGUCACCAGACCUUUAGAGAGAAAAUACUUCGGUCGCUAG